GAUGCAUGGGAUGAGAUAAACACCCGAAUUUUAUCGAAUGAAGUGAGGCCAUAUCUUACUUUUGCUACCAUACCGUGGCCUGUGUUGCGACUGUCAAGCGACCCCCAGCUCAAAGAGUCGAACGAGAUUACGUUAGAGGAUACUAGAGAAUUCCUCCUUAGCCCUUUUCAUUCGCCAGAAAAAAACAGGGAAGGAAGGUUGCGAGAUGCCCGUAUACGUUGGUCCACGAGCAGGAGCCCCAGCUGGCUAGCCUUCGUCGUCGCUGCUGAUCGCGAGCGGGCAUUGAUGCAACGAUUAUUUCGAUGUCUAAAGCCGAUAGCUCGCGUUCAAUGGAUAAGGCAGCUACAACAAGAUGCAUUAACUACGAAUCCACGCAGGGGACCUAUUCGCGCUAAGCAGUGGGAACCUUGGAAGUCACCAUUAACAUGGACAUUAGCUGUUAUACCUUUCUUCACCUUUGGCUUAGGCACCUGGCAGGUGCAAAGAUUACAAUGGAAAAACGAUUUGGUGCGACGAGCAGAGGAAGAAUUGGCGAAAGAACCUGUGGCUCUCCCAGACUAUAUAAA